GACGUAUUUCUUUCUUGUUUGUUUCAUUCACCAAUGUCCACUACUUGGAGUAUACAACAACUGUUUGGUUUACUUGAUCAUAAUCAAGAUGGCUUGAUUGACACUCAUGAUCUUGUUGCCAUCUGUGCAUCACCGAAUACACCACUUUUAUUAAACAAGAAUACACUGUUGGAAAUACAGACACAAUGCGAUACUCAAUCCCAUCGAUCCAUUCCCUAUACAGAAUUUGCUUCUCUAUUAAGCCAGAAUGCUUUUACUGAAAAGAUUUCAUCGGAACAGCUCGGAAAAAUCAUGAAUAUUGUUGUAAACUAUACAACAUCACCAGAAACACAGUCUUAUUUAGCCUCGGAUACCAUGAAACAUUUGAUUGCUGGUGGCUUUGCUGGUGCAGUGUCUCGUACCGUCGUGAGUCCUAUGGAAAGAAUGAAGAUAUUAUUUCAAGUACAAGGUCCAAAUAUGAAUACGGCCUAUACAGGCAUAUGGUCCACAUUAGCACGCAUGUGGCAUGAAGAAGGUUGGCGUGGGUUUAUGCGUGGUAAUGGUACAAAUGUGAUUCGUAUGAUUCCCUACAGUGCUUCUCAAUUUGCGGCUUAUGAACAAUUCAAAUCCAUGUUGCUCGAAAAAGACAAGGCAGAGCUCGAUACGCCACGACGAUUGAUAGCAGGUGCAUUUGCAGGCACAGUUUCUGUAGCCUGUACGUAUCCCUUGGAUCUUGUCCGUACACGUCUCUCAAUUCAAUCAGCUCAUCUGUUAAAGGGUGCAACACAACAGUUACCGGGUAUUAUGCCUACCAUGCAACUGAUCUAUCAAACAGAAGGUGGUAUACGUGGUUUAUACCGAGGAUUAUGGCCCACCACAUUAGGAGUGGCUCCUUAUGUAGCACUGAAUUUCCAAUGUUAUGAAGUCUUGAAAGAAUACUUGAUUCCUAUUGAACAAGAUCAUGGCAACAUUCGAAAGUUGUUUUGUGGUGCAUUAGCAGGAUCCAUUGCUCAAACCAUUAUUUAUCCUUUAGGUAAAGAUGAUCCUAGGUAGGGAAUAGUUCACUAACAAUAACAGAUGUAUUACGUAGACGAUUUCAAGUGAGUGGUAUGAAUAAUGUGGAUUACAAGUACAAUGGUACAUGGGAUGCACUUAGAACCAUGGCUCAGAAAGAAGGUAUAAAAUCACUGUAUAGAGGAUUAUUGCCCAAUUAUCUUAAAGUGGCACCUGCCAUGGGCGUCACUUUUUAUUCUUAUGAAUUAUGUAAAGAACUACUUUAUGCCAAAUAGACACACACACAUAUAUAUACUUAUUUUAGAAUCAUGUACACACUACCUGUUAAUACUUAUUUCAAUAAACGUCUUUUACACUUUAUUAGGAAAA